AUGGGUCUCAUUACAAUGCAGAAGCCGUGGAUAGAAACGCCUCUGAUCGAGUCAGCAGCACUAUCCAAGGUAGCUGGAUGCAGAAUCUUUUUAAAACUCGAACUCCUCCAGCCGUCUGGAUCCUUCAAAUCAAGGGGUAUCGGCAACCUAAUCCGCUCUGCACUUCUCGACCCAGAGAACAAGGACAAGCAACUUCAUUUCUACAGCUCUUCAGGAGGUAAUGCAGGCCUGGCCGCCGUAAUCGCAGCCCGGGACCUAGGCUAUCCCUGCACAGUCGUCGUACCAUUCAGCACGAAGCCGAUGAUGAUCAGCAAAUUGCGGGCGGCGGGUGCUGCUGACGUGAUUCAGCAAGGAGCUAGCUGGUUCGAUGCAGACACCUACUUGCGGAAGAACUACAUCUAUAAUCAGGAUACCCAGCACUCCUCGCGGAGAAACAUCUACCUAUGUCCGUAUGAUCAUCCAGAGAUCUGGAAGGGCGCUGCGACAAUGGUAUCUGAGAUGGUCGACCAGCUACCUCCGCGAGAUCCCUCGUCAACAUGCAACUUUCCAGCUGAUGCGAUUGUAUGCAGCGUUGGCGGUGGGGGGCUGUUCAAUGGAAUUGUCGAAGGGGUCGACAGUCAUCUGCAAUCACAAGCGAUGAAUGGAAAGGGAAACGCUCGACAAAAUGUCAAGAUCCUGGCCGCAGAGACCCACGGUGCGGAUUCGCUGGCGCUUUCGCUACGAAACGGGACUCUUCAAUCGCUUCCCGGUAUCACCUCGCUCGCGACCUCCCUCGGCGCUGUUUGUGUCGCUGAAAAGACCUUCCAAUACGCAAGCUCACCUCCUGCUGGCAUUGACGUAGCAAGUGUUGUGGGCUCUGAUGCCGAGGCCGCUCGGGGUGUUCUUCGAUUGGCUGAUGAUCUCCGGCUACAAGUUGAACUGGCAUGUGGAAUAUCAGUAGAGGUUGCUGUGGGAGGACGAUUGAGAGACAUUAUACCGGAUCUUACUCCGAACAGCAGGGUGGUCAUUGUGGUUUGCGGAGGAAGCAAUAUCACGGCUGAGAUGAUAGCAGAGUAUCGUCUCCAACUCGAGAGUGGUUGGAAUUAG